CGUGUCUCCUUCAAUUUUUUGUGAAAGCGGUUCAAUAACUCACUGUAGUAUAGUCCAGUGAUCGUUCUUCCUUUUUCUAAAAAAUCCAUGAGGAUGACGCCGUUCGCAUCCCAACUUUUGCAAGGUUAACUGGCAGACGGAUCGGAACAAAAUUUUACAAACGAACAGUUCUUAUCAAACCGUGUGCAUCUCAAUUAUUUCAUUUAAUCAGCUCAGGCUUCUAGGCGUUGUACAAAGGCACGGAUUGUACCUGAUAAAUAUUAUAAUGUAGUUUGGCAUAAAAUAUUUAGUAGCAUUAAAUGUACUACAGUAAUAUUCGGUGAUUAAACAGAGCUCUUCAUCAACACUCAAUGAUAACACGAACUAUUUUUUAUAUAUAAUAUUGUAUAAUAUACUCGUAUGUAUAUGGCUGCAUACAUUCCGACAAAACGUUUCUAUUCAAUUUGGUGCUAAGGCGGAUUUCACAAUAAUGUAUAAUUCACACUCAGAACAUCGUGCAUCAAAAGGUUAUGCUGUUACCCAGGAUUCAGCUGUUACUACUUCUGCUGAAGACGGUCGCCUUGAAAGGGAAACCAACUUUUGUCAUCAUCUUAAUGCUCGAAUACCUGCACGUUUGGUACUUUACUUUUUAUCAUGGUCCGGUUUUUUGGUUUCUUUUAUGAUGCGCAACGAUAUAAACUUUGCCCUGGUUGCAAUGACACGUGCAUCUGAUGAGUGGAACUCAUCAAUAGCAACUGUUUCCAGCAACAAUACAUUGUUUACACUCAAUAACUCUGCCUGGGUAAACGUCUCCUUGCAACAUGUUAUAGAAAAUGCAACUAAACAGGCUGUUUUCGAUGAUGCUACGAAUAAAACUGUGAUAAAUCAAAAAAUGACUGCAGGCGGUAAUGACGGCUUUUACGAUUGGUCUCCUGCGGUGAAGUCAAUAAUUCUUAGUUCCUUUUAUUGGUGCUACGUGCUCUCACAGGUUGUAGGUGGUAUUGCCACACAAUAUUUCGGCACAAAACAGGUAUUCGGUUGGUCUCAAUUUGCCACUGCAUUAUGCAGUCUUUGCAUUCCGGUCAGUGCCGACUUACACUAUUCUGCUGUGAUACUACUACGAUCAGUGCAAGGUUUUGCAUCUGGUUUAACAUGGCCAGCUAUGUAUGCCAUAGUUGGGUACUGGAUUCCAUUAGCCGAACGCUCACGAUUUAUGUCAAGUUUUCAGGGCUUUAGCAUAGGUAUCGGUUUAACAUACCCACUAUGUGGAUUUAUAAUUUACAACUUUGGCUGGCGAUACGUUUUUUACACGACCGGAUCAUUAGGUAUAAUUUGGUGUAUACUGUGGUACUACCUAGCAUUCAACACGCCAAAGGAACAUCCACGUAUUUCUGCUGAAGAAAUCGAAUAUAUUGAAGUUAGUGUUAGCUCCGAAGCAAAAGAAGCAUUACGCAUGAAAGUGCCAUGGAAAUCGAUUUUCAUUUCUUUACCUGCGUGGGCGAUCGGAAUAACAACAUUUGGAAGAAUUUGGAUUCAUUACAUAUUCAUUGUAUGUGGCCCAAGCUUCAUGAAAAACAUGCUUAAAUUCAAUUACAAAGCAAAUGGUUUUUUGUCCGGCAUGCCGUUCAUUUGCUCUUAUAUUUCAUCUGUACUAUUUUGCUAUGUUGCUGAUAAAAUUAUGCUAAAUAAUUGGAUGAGUCUUACAAAUGUUCGUAAGCUUUUUACUGCCUUGUCACAAGUCGUUCCUGGAAUUCUAAUAUACUGGAUUGGUUAUAUUGAUAAAAAUAUUUUAUUAUUAUUGGUUAUAUGGUUUGUGGCAGUUACAUUCAUAACAGCCUCGUAUGCCGGUGCUAUGGCUAAUAUUGUUGAUAUCGCUCCGAAUUUGGCUGGGCCGGUUCUUGCUUUUUGCCAAACAAUACAUAUGUCGGCAUCAUUUCUUUCUCCGCUGGUAUCGGGUAUAAUUGUCACAAAUGAGAGUUCCAUUGAACAGUGGCGCACAGUUUUUGGAGUUUCAUCGGCAAUAACGAUUUUAACAUAUGGUAUUUUCCAAAUUUACGGCACAGCUGAAAUUCAAAGUUGGAAUUACCCACAACCGCGCAUUGACGGGUCGGCCGAAGAAAGCCAGAUCCUUAAGAAACGGAAUGAAGAGCCCAUUCCGAAAGACGACAUGUAGACUAUAUGAUUAUAUAUACAUACAUGUACUUAAUCAAGCGAAAUACUUAACCCGUGUUAAACAUUAUUUACUAUGGCAUAUUAAUUUUUUGGCAUUUUAUAAUUGCGCGUAACGAAAACUAGAGUUAUUAUUUAAUAUCUUUGUAUGCGCACAAAUGCACAUAAGUAUACAUAAUGUGUGCAAAUACACCUAUUGUCAACAAUUUGUGCUUCAAAUCUAUGGUUUGUUAUAUGGAAUGGGUGUAAGUUCGUCUGUGUAUAUAUACAUACAUAUAUUACAUUAUAUUUGUAACAGUUGGGUAUUUUUAAUUUCUUGAGCUAAAAUAUGAGGGUGGAGUUUUGUGAGAAAUAAUAAAAUCGGUUGGUGCGAUUGCCUGAGAA